AUGGUGUCCUGUAAGUGGCUUAUACAAGUGACUAGAAAAUGUGGCAACUGGCACAUAGCGCAACAUCAAAUGCAACAGAAGCAAUUAAUGAUUCCUAAACAAACUUUUACCGAAUAUCAAAAUUCGUUACCGAUGAUCAUAGAAAGGGGUUUAACCAAACUGCGUUGCCAUCCAGAAUUGUGUGAGCGAUUAAAAAGGCUUACAGAGUACAACGUUGUGUGUGGGAAGCAAUUGCGAGGAUUACUUACAAUAUCUUCCUGUCAGGCUCUCACCGAUAAAGAGUUCUUCUGCCACGAUGAUUUACAGCAAAAAGUAUUUGCCUUGGCCUGGGCAGUGGAAAUGCUACAUGCCUACUUUUUGAUAACGGACGAUAUGGAGGACGGUGCUAAGACUAGACGGGGAAGGCCGUGUUGGCAUUUACUUCCAGACGUGAAGGCAUUCGUUGUUAACGAUGUUGGUAUGUUUCGGGGGUUCAUUAACGAAAUUCUCAAGCAAUACUUCGGCAAGGAGGACGUUUACCCUAAACUUCUUAAUAUUUUUAACGAUGCUUACUUGAAUACGCAUAUUGGACAAUUCAAAGACACGAUGUCAAGUACAGUCAAAGAUUAUUCAAAUUUCACAAUGGAGAGAUACAUCACUACUGUAAAAUAUAAAACUGCAUUCUACAGUUUCCAAUUCCCUAUUCUGUUAGGACUUGCCUUAAGUAACAAAGGUAACGAAGACGCGUACAGGCUCGUGGAAACAUUAUGUCUAGAUGUAGGCUUGUUAUUGCAGAUGAAGAAUGAUUUCCUAGACUUGUACGAGGACGAAUCAGUGGGAGGUAAAAGUGGGACGGACAUUCAAGAAGGCAAAUGCUCGUGGCUCUCGCUAACGGCGUUAAAGCAUUGCAGUCAACUGCAACGCAAGGAAUUUGAAGAAAAUUAUGGGAAAUGGGAGCAGAGCAGUGUAAAUAAAAUCAGGGCACUUUACAACGAGUUGAAUUUACCUAAAAUUUUCGCCAACGAACAGAAAUACAUUUACCAGUCCCUCUGUGAGCGGGUAAUAAAAUUGCCGAAAGACUCAAUACCACCCAGCGAGUUGUUUACAAAGCUGGUAAACAUGGUCGGAAAUGUAGGCAAUAUAAAGUACGAAAACGAAAAG